AUGAAGUGCGAAGACUUCUCCCACCGUCGAGUGGAAGUCCCAGGUAACCAGCUCUUACGCCCAUCUGGCGGGGAUUUUUUGACCGGUAAACUGCCCUUCACCAGUGCGGAUCCUAAUAGUCGGUUCUUCUACCCUCGUCUCAAAGGUGAGACGGAAGAAGACCUGAAAAACAAAUGUAUCUUCCCUAAUUAUGUGGCUAUCUAUCGACCGGGCGUGUUGAUGGGACCGCGCGAGGAGUCCAGAUUCUUCGAAAGUGUCGCGAAAGUACUACUCAAACCGAUUGCCACCCUGGCUCCGACCUGGAUUACCACUCCGAUCUCCACAUUAGCACAGGCUAUGGUGAACGCACCGUUCAGUUUGCGCUCGGUCAUUCGGGAUGAGGCACGCAAACCUGGCUCCUCCAUUGAACUAGACGAUCUGAAGGCUAUCACUGUGAACAAUACGAUCAUUUUCAAACUGGCCAAUGAACCAGUUCCUUCAGAAGCUCCGACUGGCGGAGAUGUGCUCAAGUGA